AGGACACAGUCGCCACGGUGAUACAGGAGUCGUUUCAGAUUCGAGCUCAGCAGAUGAAGCAAAAAACUGGUCUGAAGCAUGUGAAGCUAGAACUUGCUGGCUUCAUUCAAGAGUUUCUUCCUGAAGAUGACGAUGAUGAUCUGGAAGAAUAUGAUGACGAUGAUGAUGAUAAUGAUGAUGAAGUUUAUGAUGCUGUUGACGGAACAGACGACAAAUCUACCUCAGGCAAAAUGCACCACGAUGAAAGUCUGCAGUUUAAAUCUUCAACAAAAUCGACUGAUAAUUCUGCGCAGCUCACAUCUGAUACUCUUACUACAGAUGGAUCUGGGAAUGCUGAGAGUGUGAUGCAAACAAGGACUGUACAGCUGACAAUAUCGCCGUCCAGUGAGCCUCCUGGGCCCAGGAACCAAAACAAUCACUCUGGGCCUAAUCGCCAAAAUGACAAGAAACUCAAAAAAGAAAUGAAACUCAUGAAAGAGUCUUUGACUGAAAAAGACAUCCAGAUGGAAAGGCUCCAGAGCAAGGUGCUCAACUUGUCUCUGGACUUGGCAAAGCUUGAGAACAACAUCUUGUUGCUUCACAAGGAUGGAGAGAUCAUGAAGACUCAGCAGGAGGCGGCAAAUUUCACACAAUACAUGAUUGCUCUGGAUCAAUGGCGCAUUUCCAGCCCUCUGAUCAUAAACACGACUCAAGAGAAUCAGGAACAACUUGAUAUUCUCGGGGAGUUAAUUCUGAACAACACCAACAGACUAGGGAAGCUUGAGGUGAAGCUCCUAGACCAUAGAUACCUCAUGGAGCACACAGAGCUGACGUUUGAGCGGGAGCUCCACAGAAUCAACGAAACGCUGAAGAAGGUGCGACACCGGACCCACCACCAUGACCAUGCCAUGACAGAGGAGCUUGCCCAGCAAUUUGAAGACAUGCAUUUAAAGCUAGAGCAGCUCGGAUCUCGACUCAUGAACAUCGAGGUGAAAGUUCUGAAUUCGUCUUUGAACACAUGUGCGAAGCAACAAGCAGAUUUCUACCAGGACAUUAAACUGAAGGAGAUGAACAAAAAGCUAGACAAGAUGCAGGAGAGCAUCUUGGUUCACCGGGAAACACUGACCAGAACGGACAGAGGGCUGUAUCGCCUUCAUCUGGAUAUCAAGUCUCACAAGGAUGCCAUUGACACUCUGAAGAGAGAGUCCAAGAAGAUGAGCAGCUACAAACCAGAGUUCAAAGCCAUGCAGGAAGAAGUGACCAAGUUCCUCCACCAUUUGCCGCAGGAUUGCAAUGAGGUAUAUCUGCUGGGUCAGCGUGAAUCAGGCGAGUACAUCAUCCACCCUGAAGGCAGUCCAAAGUCCGUCCGUGUUUACUGUGAGCUGACGGAUGAAGGGGGAUGGACGGUGAUCCAGAGACGUGUCGACGGAAGUGAGCAUUUCAGUCGGCCUUGGAAGGAGUAUAAGGAAGGCUUUGGGACAAUCAGCCGAGAAUUCUGGCUCGGAAAUGAUUACAUAUACCUCUUGACCAAUCAAAAGAAUUGUUCAUUGUUUGUGGAGAUGUACGACACAUUCGGACAAAAGUGGGUCGCUGAAUACGAUGUGUUCAAGAUGAACGACGAAGGAAAGAAAUAUUCGCUUUUCUUGGAUGGGUACCAUGGUAAUGCAACGGAUUCGCUUGGCGACGCCAAUGGAAUGGCAUUUAGUACGGAAGAUCGUGACCAGGAUGCCAGCAGUACGCACUGUGCGCUGUACUACACGGCGGGUUGGUGGUACAAACACUGCCAUUACUGUAAUCUGAAUGGCCGCUACAAUGUGGGAAUCGUGUGGUUUAAUCAAGAAGUAAACGAGUGGCUACAAAUGAACAAAACAGUGAUGAAAAUUAUAUCCCAUUAGUCACAUUAUGAUUCACCAACUCAAAAUAUUGGCCACGGCCUGUUCUGAAAGUGGCAGAAAUUCUGUGCCGGGCUGCACAUAGAUUUGUCAGUGACAAGAUCAGAUGCUUCCAUUCAUGGAGUUUGUAGCGCACCUUAGACUCAUUAAGCUAGCGCUGCACAAAAUCUUCCAGAGCAUAAGUUACGGGGGCAUAACGGCAAUGUGAUCAGGGGUUUGGAAAUCACAGCCUGAUGCCUUGAUUCGCAAACUGUUCAGAACCACGGACGAGGAUUAAUAUGUUGUUGAUGUUAUUGUGUUGUAAUGAAAUCUACCCUAACAAAACAUUUAAUACAACAAAAAGAUGUGUUUGUUUGACACUGCUCUUACGUUCCUACGUCUAACAAAAAAAAAAAAAAAAUAGGCUAAGUUUUGAACAACGCUAGUUAUGGAAAUAGUGACAAUUUCAAUAUUUCAUGGAAUUAUCUGAUCAAAUGUUUUUCAAAUUUUAUCCAAACAUCAAUUUGGCCUAAGAAGCCCUUGGGUAAUUUAUUCAGUAUAUCCACAGAACUUUGAAAGUAAAUGGCCUUUUUUCCCUCUGAAAAACCUGCCUCUGUCUAAGUAUGUGCAAGAAUUGGGCACACUAAGAAAUCAUGUAUCGUCACACAAUCCCAGGGGGUUUUUUCAGGUAUUUUACAUGUUUAGUCUGUACAUGAUUUACUGAUACCAAAGACUGAUGUAGAUGUUUGUGUGAUAUUCAGUCAUGCCAACGUGAGUACGGUAUAUAUUCACGGUUUCGCCAGUUUACCUGCUGCUUUAGGU